AUGUCAUCGAAUCCACCAAAUUACUCUACCUCUUCCUCUCCAUCACCCAAGCACCCUGACUCUACCCCCCCUCCUUCAUCCGCCAAUCAUCGCCCCGCUUCUUCCCCAGGCGAUAAUGGCCUGAAAUUCCAACUGAAUAUCCAAUCGCUCUCUCUAGAUUGCUCCAUCCCACCAGGAUCUAAUAUAGGUAUACAGUUAGGAAUUCCCGGAACGACAUCUACUGGUAACCCCCCUCAAACACAGUCCACUUGUUCAAAUCAUGUGCCUUCUACUUCCACCAGUCAAGCUCAGAAUAUGUCAAGUAACCCAGCCAAUCUGGAUCCGCUGAUGUGGGGUAUAGCUCAAGGUUAUAUCCAGAAAUUAGAUAGUCUAGAAAAGAGCCUGAGUGAAGAACGUAUAUCAAAUGUGAAAUUGAAGGAAGAGGUCGAAAGGCUGAACGACAGAGUAAAUUCCUUGCAAGGUAGAAAGAAUUACGAAGAUAAGAUACCCAGAGAUAACCAUCACACUGAAGAUCAUGAUGGAGGCGGAUGUCAUCAAGAUCAGAAAUCAAGUCUCAAUCAACGCCACCCGAACAUCUUUGACAAGGAAAUGGAUGUCCCUAGGACACUCUCUGAACGAGAAUCCCACACUCAUACGUCAAGUACAAGUGUACCUCCAUUGCCACCGAAGCCACAACAUGAGAUCAAACCUGAUGACAUUGAUGAGAAUGAAUCAUGGGAUGAUCCAUCUGGAUUAGGUUUAGAUGAUGAUCUAGCUGUUUUAUAUGGAUUUACACCCAAGACGUAA